GUCGGUUAUUCGUGGCUAGUUUUAGAACCUUUAACGUUGCCAACCUAAACGUUAGUUACGCUUGUGUUUAUUGUGUAGUCGAAUUUUGUUGAAAAUUUUAGUCUUUUUUCAUAAGACUGUGUAAAAAUAUAUUAAAAGUAAGAGCCGGAGAAUUCGAGAAGUGGAAAAAUUGGAAAAUACAGUUUGAAAUGAAAAUAUUUGAAAGUGAAAAUGCAUAGUGAAAACGAUACAAAACCAACUUUAAAUACCAUUUUGUAAAGAAAUGAGAUAUAGGUAUAUAAAAUUCUAGUGCUCUUAUAUAAAAAUUGACCACUUUCAAGACUCAAGAAGUCUUGAAAGAAAGUAAUGUAGGUGAUUAAUUUAUGUAUUAUGUUGUCCAUAUGAAUAAAAAGACGAAUAUCAAAUGGAAAAUUCAUAUUCGCUCAUACAUUUUAAAUGCAGGAUCAUCAAAGUUAAUUACAAUUAAUCGAUAAACUCGGUGCACUCAUAAAUCAUAAUGAAAGUGUGACAAUUGCAAGUGUUUAUACUUACAGGGCUGCAUCUAUAAUAUGUAUACGUACAUAUAUCAAUGUAUAUAUAUACAAAAUUAAAUUAAAAAAAGAGCUUUGUUUAUUGAAUACAAAAUAACUAAUAAAAUAGCGAAAGCUUAAUUGCCAAGGAGAAGUUAAUGAAGCAUAAUGUGUUAUAUUAUAACGACUGAGUAAAACAAAUUGCGACAAUUUAUUCAUACAUCUACGGGUGCUUCCCGCUCAAGUAUAAUGAAUCGUUAUAUUACACUCUCACAAUUGGGUGAUGGCACAUACGGCACAGUGGUGUUAGCUCAACGCAAGGACACUGGCGAAAAGGUGGCUAUCAAACGUAUGAAACGAAAAUAUUACUCCUGGGAGGAGGCGAUGAAUUUGCGUGAAGUCAAGUCACUCAAGAAACUCUCUCAUCCCAAUAUUGUUAAACUGAAGGAAGUCAUACGUGAGAAUGACACGCUUUAUUUUGUUUUUGAAUACAUGAAAGAGAAUUUAUAUCAAAUGAUUAAGGACCGUGACACACAUUUGCCAGAACCGACGCUCAAAAGUAUACUGUUUCAGGUACUUACCGGUUUGGCGUUUAUGCACCGCCACGGAUUUUUCCAUCGUGACUUAAAGCCGGAGAAUUUACUUUGCUCAGGACCGGAGCUUAUAAAAAUUGCAGAUUUCGGCUUAGCACGCGAGGUACGUUCACGGCCGCCAUUUACGGACUAUGUGUCGACAAGAUGGUAUCGAGCGCCAGAGGUGCUGCUGCAUUCCACAAACUAUGGCAGUUCCAUAGAUUUAUGGGCAAUGGGUUGCAUCAUGGCGGAGCUCUACACAUUUCGGCCACUCUUUCCAGGCAGCAGUGAAGUGGAUCAGCUGUUUAAGAUUUGUUCUGUUUUAGGAACGCCAGAGAAGGGAGAAUGGCCCGAAGGCUAUAGACUCGCUGCUACCAUACACUUUCGUUACCCGGAAUGCAUCAAGGUGCCGCUCAAUACGAUUGUGACACGUUGCAGUCAGGCGGGCUUGGAUUUGUUGGAGGACAUGCUGCACUAUGAUCCAGAUAAGCGACCCACGGCACAGCAGAGCCUUAAAUAUGCCUACUUUCAUGCGCUGAAGCGUAUCUCACCCACGGCGGCGGCGAAUGCUAAUGUCAAACUUACGGCCAAAUAUGCGGCAGCGGUUGCUGCCACCAAUACGAGUACUACAAAAAACACGAAUAUGAAUACGCAUGUCAAUGGCAGAAAUGUGGGGCAAUUGCCGAAUUUAUCGAAUAAUGUGCUUCCGGUGCAGGAGAAAUUACAAGCGGUUACCGAGCUACUGCAGCAAAGUAAUCGACAGCAUAACAAUAGCAAUACCAUUAAUGCCAAUAAUACCGUAAAUACGUCGUUGAGCAAUAACAACAACAAUCGCGGGUACAACAACAUAUAUGCUAGACGUGCGAUAAUUCCACUGGCACAAAACCCCAAUCAAGUGCAAGCGCCCAAAAUCAGUUUCUUGUCAAUAAAUGGUGGUGAUACGACACGCUCCACAAUGCCGCUACAAAUGUCAGUUGUUAAUGCGCAACAAAAUUCGCACACAAACAACGGCAUGGCGCCAAAUGCCAUCAACAACGCUGCAAAUCGACAAUUUCGUGAACAACUUGAAGAUAAUCUCUCAAUAAAGAGCGGUUCCAUACGCUACAAUACUAUACUAGCCCCCGCUAGUCACAUAUAUCUGAACGGUGGUGGUGAGUCUGCGCUCCACAAGCGUUCACAGGAAAAUCUCGCAUUCACCGAGUCCAUUAACGAUAUCUACUUGAAUCGCAACAUUGGUCAGCGACAACCACCACAACCGCCAAAUGUUUCUUUCAAUAGCAGCACUAACCCUGUAGGAAAUAUUAAAGCCGGUGUCAUCUAUUUGGCGAAUGGCCAUAGAAAUUAUGCACUCUUUGAGACCGCCACGAAGAACGCUAAGAAUUCGGCGAAAAUUAAUGGCUAUUACCUGCAGACGCGUCCAAGCUUAUUGAAUCUCGAUGCAAUAGGUAAGGAUGCGAAGGUCUAUAAUAUGUUCUCCAAAGUGGUACCCAAACAAGCACCUGCAAGCAAUCAAAUUAUGCGUAAUGCAUUCGAACCGAAUGGAGACAGCAAUGAUUACACAACAAAUAAUGAGCAAAUCGUCGAGAAACCACUUUACGACCAUCUCGGUGGCGACAAAAAGUCAAUGCCGAACGGUCGAAAUACGGAGCUCAGCAAAGACGAUGAACUCGAUCUUAUAUUGGGUUCCAAAAUCAAAACAUCAGCCAAACGUCAACGUCAACGCAAUGGAAAAGCAAAUAUUUUGCUUGAAGAUCUCUUCGGGCACCUAUCGCUCGAUUCGGAUAGCGAAACAACAAAGUAUCCAAAUACAGUUCCAUUAACGACGCAACAACAACAAACAUUAGCGGAACGUAACUCCAAUUUGCCAAAUGGUUAUUCCAAUGAGACUUCAUUGACGGAGAAGAGUAAGAUGCACAUACCCAGUAGUAUUGAAGUAAACAACGGUAGCUAUGCUGACUCGCUGUCGACAAAUGCAGUUGAUCCACAGUCCGUUGAGCUGACAAAAGCUAAAAUGCAACCUUGGGAUGGUACGAAUAAAACCGAAGAUGAGAAAUUGACGGCGUGGAUGGUUGCCGAAAAUGGCUCUUUGCUUGAGAAGAAAAUUCUAAAUGGACUUAGCGAUAAAAAUAGUUCCGAAUGGAAUACAGCGUACCUUAAUUAUUAGGCAUAAACAACUUACUUUUUAUGUAAUAAUAUAUGUAUAAUCUUAAAAAGUGGAAGGAAGCAAACAACGCAGUGGGUACAAAGUGGUGAAAUUUGUAUGAACUGAAUUGUCAUACAAAAGUUUGUGCUGUGAUAAACUAAAUGAACAUUCUAAAAUUCAAUUAACAAAAUAAUACUUCAUAAAUUGCAUUACCACAUAACACAAAGGCACAUAAAUAAGUAUUUUUUAUAAAUACAUAAUCAACAACAAAUGUGUGUGAGACACUAUUUAAAUAUAAAAUAAAUUGUACAAUACUAAAUAAACUAAAUACUAGCUUUACAUUUGUAUUAACUUACACAAAAAUCGCGUAAUUCAUAAAAAAACAACUGUUAAUGCAAAUGAAUUACUGUACGCAAAAAACAAUUACAAUAAUUAUAUAUAUGAAUGUAUUUGUAAAUGUGUACUUAAUUUUAUUUUAAAAACUGUAAAAUAAUAAAAAAAUACAUCAAAACUGUACAACAA